AUAAUAAUUAUAUAUUAAAUAUUAUUAGGAUGAUAUAUGAAAUGUGUGUUAUAUCCAAUAUAAUAAAUAAUAAUAAAACAUCACAAGAACAGAUUCAUAAAAAUAUAAGUAAAUAUAUAAAUAAUAAAUCAAAGAGUAAUAUUUCUUAUAAUAAUAUAUAUUCAAGUUUCACUAGUAACAUUCGAUCAUAUGGACAUGAUAUAUAUAAAAAAAAUAAUAAACAUACUGAUAGUAAUAAUUUUAUUAAGAGUAAAUGUUUGGAUAAUAAACAAAAUAUAAUAAUAAUAGAAACUAAUGAGAAAAUAUAUAGAUUUGAUAAAAUGGAUUUAAAUUAUGAUAUAUUUUAUUAUAUAUAUAUAAAUAAUUUAACAUUAAAAAAUAAUCAAGUAAUAACAUUUUUUUUACCAUUACCAAAAAAUAAGCCUAUUCAUUUAACAUAUAAAAAUAAUAAUUUUUAUUAUUUUGAUGAUAUAAUAUAUUUAAAUAAAAAUCUAAGUGAAGAUAUUUAUAAUUAUAUUUAUAUUAUGCAAAAAUAUUUCCUUUCUUUUCAAUUCUGGUUUUUUUAUUUAAGAUAUCAAGGUAUAGAGAAAAUGAAAAUAUUAUUUAAUAAAGAAUUAUCAAAUUUAUUUUUCUACCUUUCUUCUAGUUAUGACAAAAUAAAUAAUAAAUCAUCAAAUAUUCUUAUUUAUGAAAACAAAAAAAAAAAAAAAAAAAAUUCUUAUAAAUUACUCUUUGAAUUUAAUAUAAAAAGAUUGAUAAACAUAUGUUUACAUAUAUUAAAAAUAUAUCUAAAUGAAAAAAUUAAAAUUAAUAUAUCAUAUUUUCAAAUAAUAAAAAUAUUAAAUUUAUGUUUAAAUCCUACACGUAACAAAAAAAUUACGCGACAUUAUGUAAUACACAUGAAAUUUGUCAAUAGUAUUUUUAUCAAAUUAAUCAAAAUGAAAGAUAAAAAAAUUAAAAAAAAAUAA